AUGAAGCUGAGCGCGGCUCUUGUUCUCGUCGCUGCUCUUGCGGGAAGCUCAGUGGCAGCGCCUGCCAAGUCUUCUGCUCUUCAAGCUCAAGGGCCCAACUCGGACGCCCUGAAGCUCUUGGCUUCUCAUAUUUCGACGGGUCAACUCACUCAGUCAGACCGCAAACUCCUGAAUAGCCUCCUGGUGACGGCUUCGUUCGGGAAGCGAGAUGAAGCAGGCACGUUUGGUGAUCUAGGUGGUACUGUAGGCAACAUCUUGGGGACCAGCUUCGGCAACGUCAUCGAUAGACUCCUUGGCCUCCUCAACAGCCUCCUUGGCGGCCAGGGUAGCGGCACUGGACUCAGCCUUGGUCUGAACGGUUCUGUCAGCAUUCCAGGGGGUCCCAGUUUGGCCCAGCUGCUGGUUGAUCUCGGCAUUGACGUCCAAGGCAACAUCAACCUGAACAACCUCAUCAGCAAGCUCGGACUCGCCCCAGCAAAUUUCUCCGACAUCUUCAGACAGCUUGGGGCCGAUGCCAACGGAAUCGUGCCUCUGGGCACUCUGCUGAAGAAUCUUGGCCUCGGAAGCAACAUUGGCAACUUGGACUUGAGCAAUGCCCUGAACAACCUUGGCGGGUCAGGCGGUAACGGCACGCUCAACUUGACCGGUCUUCUGCGAGGGCUUGGUCUCGAUGACAAUGCCAUUGCAAGCCUCCUCAACAGCCUUGGUGCUUCUCCAAACGGCAACAUCUCGACGCCUGAUCUGCUCAGGGGUCUUGGCCUCACCGGCCAAGGAGACGUUAACCUUGGCUCAAUCCUUCAGGGGCUGAAUGGAGCUGCUACGAGGGCUGGUCUAGACUUGCGCAACGUGUUGGGUGGCUUGACUGGCAUUCUCAACGGCCUGUCGAGUGCUGCCCCAAGUGGCUCAACUACAAACAUUCCUAUUGCUAUUCCUAUCCCUAUUCCUUUGAGUGCCCCGGCGGCGAUUCCCAACCUGAACGACCUUCGCAACAGCAUCACGAACGGGGUUUUCAGGGGCCUGGUAGGAGGGCUGGACGACGCAACACUCAAGGACCUCACCGACAUCAUCAAGAAAGCCAAUGGCAACACGCAAAAGGCCACAGACGACAUCAAGCUGUACGCUACCUUGCACGGCCUUGACCCCGGCGCACUCUUCCAGAGCCUGAAGAACGUCCUGGCGUUCGGCAGCUCAGAUGACAGUCUCGGCAAGGUACUCGAAGGAUCAAAGGGUAUUCUCGGCGGACUUGUAGAGGCUCUCGACGGCCUGAGCAGCGGCAGAGGCGGCCUUUCUGGAAUCGGCAUUCCAGGCGUAAUGGACCAGGGCCUCGGCACCUUGACCUCCGCACUUACAAACAUCACCAACGGCAGCGGCACUGUUGCCAACGGAACCGUUACCAAUGGCACCCUAAUCAACGCCCCGAGGCUGACCAGAGAGGAGCUCCAGCAGCUGCUCGACUUUGUCCGGAAUGCCACCAGCCAGGACACUGUUACGCAAGUCGUCAGGCAAUUCGCUGCCUCACACAACCUUGACCCUGUAGCGCUUGCUCGUCUCCUGCAGCGGCUGUUGGACGCCAGCAACCCUGGAAGCGGAAACAAUGGUGGCUCAAACGGCACUGUACCGCUGAACCUGCCGCCUAUUCUCAACGGAACUCUUGGUGGCCUGAACAAUUCCAUCGGUGGCCUCCCCGUUGGAAACGCCGGCAACGGCGGACUCAACCUGGGUCCCAUUCUGAACGGGACCCUUGGCAAUCUGACCAGCAUUCUCGGUGGUCUUGCCGGCGGCAGCAAUGGCGGAAUCAACCCAGCUGCUGGCGUUCCUGGAGCUUUGAUCCCGAACCUCGGCGGGCUCAACGGAACCCUUGGCAACUUGACCAACAUUCUCGGCGGUCUGGGAGGUCUGGGUGGCCUCGGCGGGUUGACUCUUCAGGGUGCUCUUGGACUGCGUCUUGCACUCGCCCUGAGAAUCGCGAUAAUUCUGAACGCGGGCGGCGCCGGACUUGGUGGAGGGCUUGGUGGACUUGGACUGGGAGGUCUAGGGAACUUGACGGGCCUUCCCACAGGGGCUCUUGGAAACCUGACAAACCCUCUGGGAUCUAUACCGCUUGGAAGCCUAGGAAACUUGACUGGCCUUCCAACAGGAGCUCUUGGUAACCUGACAGGAGGAGGUCUGCCUAUCGCCAAUCCUGCCGCCGUUAUUGCAGGACUUUUGGGCUCUCUCCCUAUCGGAGGACUGGGGAACUUGACUGGGUUACCCACUGGGGUUCUUGGUAACCUGACGGGAACUUUGGGUUCUCUACUGCCUGGGGGCCUAGGAAACUUGACUGGUCUUCCCACAGGGGCCCUUGGAAACCUGACUGGUCUGCCCGCUGGGAUUAUUGGUAACCUGACAGGAGGUGUCCCUGGCCUGAAUCCCGCAGCCCUUCUUGCAGGACUUCUGGGCUCUCUCCCCAUCGGAAGCCUGGGGAAUCUGACUGGGCUCCCUACCGGCGCUCUUGGAAACCUGACAAACUUGCCCGCCGGAGCCCUCGGUAACCUGACAGGACUUCUGGGUUCUCUCCCUGCUGGAGGCCUAGGAAACCUGACUGGGCUGCCCACUGGAGUUCUGGGUAACCUGACGGGAGCUCUUGGAAACCUCACGGGUAAUCCUUCCGCAGCUGUCGGCAACCUGACAGCGCCUAUCGGGAAUCUCACGAGCGACAUUACCGCAGCUCUCGGGAACCUCACCGGCGGCGCCCCCCUUCCAAACCCUGGCAACCUCGUUGGAAGCCUGACAGGAGCUCUCCCAGUUGGAGGCCUGCUCCCCAGCCCGUCCAAUGCCACGGGUGCCCUUGGGAACCUGACCUCCACCCCUGCCGCCAUUAUCGGCAACAUCACCAACGCCAUCGGCAACCUCACCGGCGGCGGCCUUCCGUCCACCCUUGGGUCUGUUGCCGGAGGUAUCGGAUCGGUCGUUCCCGGCGUCGGAUCUAUAGUUCCUGCUGUGGGAGCAGCUCUCGGCAAUCUCGCCGGCGCUGUCCCAGGUCUUGGACUCGGUCUGGGAGCCAACGUCGGAGCCAACGUCGGACUCGGCCUGGGAGGAGCUCUUCCACCCCUUGACCUCGGAUCCGUCAUCUCUGCCGUCGGCUCGACAGUCUCCGGCCUCGGGUCAGGCCUCGGAUCUACCGUCUCAGGCUUGGGAUCAGCCCUCUCCGGCCUCGGCUCGUCAUUGUCCCCUGCAGCUGCCGUCCCCGCCGCCGUCCUUGGAUCUGCUUUGGCUGCUGGUGCUGCUGCUAACCCUGCUGCUGCUCUGGGAGUAGCUCUGCCUGUCGCAGCCGACGUGGCCGCAGCAGCUAAUGUCGCCGCCGCAGCCAACGUGGCCUCGGCCGUUGCUGGCCUGCUGCCCGCCGUCAACGUCACGGCAAACCUCGGCCUCGGCCUUGGGCUCCUCAACUCGACAGCUCCUGGCCUUGGGUUGGGUCUAGGAUUGACUGCCCAGGGACUGGCCACCGCGCCUCCAUCCAACAAGACGGCACUGGUCACUGAGCCUAGCGAGGCCGAUGAGGAGAGCUCUUCAGGGUCCAACGUCAGACGGUCUCGUGCUGCACGAUUCAGGGCCGCGAUUCGCAAGACCAACGCUGGAGCGGCUUAA